CGGCUAGGGUUUCGCCCACGUCGCCUCCCACCUCCCGUCCCCGCCCCGCCCAGGCCGCCAUGUUCCAGCUAGGCUCCGCCCCCGGGAAGGCCUUCUGGGCGCGGCACCGGUGGAAGAUGCUCCUCUCGCUGGGCGUCGCCGGCGCCGGCUACGCGGCCUACCGCUUCUACGACGCGCACCAGAAGCAGCUCGUCCGGGUGGAACAGCGCGCCGAGGAGGAGCGCGCCGCCGACGAGAUCAUCAAGAAUCAGUUGGAAGCCCAUUUUGAGAAGGUGCAGAGGAUCUCGGAUACAACCACACUGCCGUUUGCUAUGCACUACCUACGUUCGCGGGUAAUGGAGGAACUGGAUAUUUCACACCUGACCGAGAGGCUGCUGCAAGGGAAGGGAGAGCUGACGCCAGAGGACAAGUACGAGACCUGGGAGAAGAUCAAAAUUCUGAGCUGGUCCAUGUCAUUUAACUGUUGUUACUUCUUCUACUUGGACUUAUAUGUUAGAGUCCAGGUCACCAUAUUAGGCAGACAUCUCUACUUGGACUUUGCUCGUGGUACAGAUGGUGCUCAAUUGCAGGCGGAAUCUGAUACUUUUAGCGGGAAUGGACAUAAGGACUUUCUUGGAACUGCUGACUACCUUGCAACAUAUGGUAUCACUGCAUUGAUCAGGCAAAUGCAACAUGCUGCAACAGAAAUCUUGAAAGAGAAGCAACUGAAAGACCCUAUGAGCAUGGACCAAGUAUUACAAACGAUGUUACAGAUAUCGGAGCAGUUCAUGAGUCUGUGUGAAGGCAACUCAUGGAUAAAUUUCCUUGUACCUGAAAGCGCCAAUCGGUAUGCACAGUUGAUGGCUGUGUCCAGCAGCGGCUUUGAUGACUCAUCUCUUCUAAUGGAUGUUGGAAAGCUUGACCAACUAAUGACUGAGACACGCAUAGUGUUGGCAAGCGACGAUUUCAGAAAUAUCAUGGACAUGUCAUUGAGGAAGGUAGCUGAUUUGGUGAUAGAGGACUUGCGUGCACAGGUUGGAGCCGCGCUUCCUCCAUCAGGAUUGCCCUUGGCGAAGCUCUUGGCUAGAGUGGCUCAACUGAGCUCAAUGCUGCUCGAGGAACCAAGCAAGAACAAGCACAUCCAGACCAUCCGAAGCAUGCCCGAGGUGGGACUCUUCUACACAUUCCUCUAUGCAAACAUGCCGCCACAAACGUGAGUUCACGUCGAUGUGGACAGGGGCAUGUUUCUUCCUAAUUUUUGGCCCGAAACCUCCAAAGGAUCUAGUGGUUUAUGUGUAUGAAAACUCGAUCGUUCUGGAUUCUGGGAAGUGAUACCGGUGGAGAAUGUUCAUUCGUGAAAAAUAUACGUGUGGAGAGGAGGCUGAGUUUGUGUCCUGUA